AUGGGGCGUGACGAUACUGUUGACUAUGACCACACACUUCGUUACGAUACCAACAUGUAUCAAGAUGAAGAUGACGAUGAUCUUCGAUAUCAAGAUCUCAUGAAUAAUUUGACGGAAUCAUCACUUAAAUUGCGUCGGCAAAGAUCGGCGUUGGAAAAUGAACAUCCUGCAAAGUCUCUAUCUGUUUCAGAGUAUCCCGUACGUCCUGGUACCUACAUGGAAACUACUUCAGUUGAUACCGAUACCCCAGAUGAUGGAAAUCUAGUAGAACGUGCAAGAGCGGCUUAUAGACAAAACUCUUGUAUCGUCAAACAAUUAGCGUUUGAUGAUAUAGAAACCCGUAAUGCCACCGCCAGUUUAACCAAAUUGAAUCAGAUAUUAGAAUCCGACCCCAUGUCUAAUAUCAACGUAACGUAUCAGGAUUAUUUGGAUCUAAGAGAUAAGCACAACCAAUUGAAACGUCAGUACAUGGCAGAACUUGAUAAAUCUCAUGCAGUGAUGAAAUCCAUCGAAAAAAUUAUGGAUAGGAAACCACCUGUAUUGACGUCACCCAAUGAAAUUAAAGCUAGAGCUUCGAAAGCUAGAGAGUUGAUUUGUGACGUUAGCGCUAUGGCUACAGAUGAUAACAUUAUGCAAAGAUGCACUGACGCGGUCAAAGAAAUUGAACAGGUCGAAUACUUGUUAACAACCACAGUUGCAAAUCCGUACCCUCCCUUUGUUUCUUCGUCUGCUGUUACAGAUUGA